GCGACAGUCGUUCGGAUACCGACUUUCGGACUUCCGCCAGUUCGAUUACGCGGCGCUACUGACGCGGGGUCGCAGACCGGUGUCAGCUGCCGUACUGGACGUGUACGGCGGUGACCUGGCGGAGCUGUACCUGAUGGCGACGUGUACGGCACUACAGCGGCAAGGGUACGGCACGGUGCUUGUACGACAGCUGGAGCGAAUGUUGGGCGACGCAGGUGUACGGCAGCUGCUUGUCACGGUGGAUGACGACGACGAGGCCUCUCAGGGGCUGUGGGCUGCUCGCAUGGGUUUCGCGCCGCUGCCGGUCUGCGAGCUGCGGCGCCUGGGGGGCGUUUGGGCGGCGUUUGGGCGGCAAGCGGCUGCAGGCACCGUAUUCCUGACUCGGCAGCUGAGACAGCAGCAGUAAGGUCAUGCAGCUUAGCAGUUAGG